AUGCAGGUGGCGAGUGAGGCUGACGUCCUCAGUACGAACCCGUUUGCCUUUCGAGGUUUUGUCUCGCCUCCUCCCUAUUCGACGGUUCAGCUCGCCACCGGACAGAUGCAUCCAGAUGCUCGUAUCUGUGGGGACCCAUCCAGGAGGUGGUGCUUAGCUGCAUCGAUAGCAAACAGUCAACUAGGAGGGAGCUCCACUCAUUCCACGGGGCAGCCGAUUUUUGGGAUAGGAAGGAGGGAGUCGACCAGUAGGCCUUUAAAUCAGAAAAGCGCUCGACCUGAUGCCGCGAGCAGAUCGCCAUCGGUUGAGCUACUGCGUCUGCGUUCUGAUCGCGAACUCAACGGACCGACGGGAUUCGUGGUAGAGACGAGGCUCUCGACUCCGUCUUCGAUCCAUCCGGCGCACGACACAUGUGUGUAG